AUGCAGGUAUUUUGUCCCGACUCGGAGCAAACGCUCGACCCAUGGACGGCAUUCUCUGAUUGCAGCUUCCAGCCGAGUCUUGCCCGCGCUCUGGCCGCAUUGGGCUUCGAGGCCCCCAGUCCCAUUCAGGCGUAUUGUUGGCCGUUGAUCUUGAGCGGCAGGGACGUUGUGGGCGUGGCAGAAACAGGCAGUGGAAAAACUUUGGCUUUCCUCGUGCCUGUAACGCCACCUGCGGCUGGCAACAAGACUGCCAAUCCAGCGAUGCUUGUGCUUGCACCAACCCGUGAGCUGGCAUCGCAAAUUGAAUCCGAGGCACAGAAAAUUGGCCAGGUGUUAGCAAUCCGCAGCUGUUGCUUGUACGGUGGUGUUGAUUUCAAGCGUCAGAUCAAAGACUUGAGUCAAACACCUGCUCUUGUGGUUGCCUGCCCUGGGCGGUUGAAAGACAUGGCGGUGAGGAAACAUAUCUGUCGUUUGAGUGAUACUUGUUUCUUGGCCUUGGACGAGGCAGACCGAAUGCUCGAUAUGGGCUUCGAGGAGGACGUGCGUGACAUUGUAGGCUUACUGCCCGAGAGCCGGCAAACGGUGCUCUUCACCGCGACUCUACCGAAGAACGUGCUCAACAUUAUAGGCUGCUUCACCAAAAAUGCCAUAAGGGUGCAUCAGAGGGGGCACGAGGGGGCGAAGUGCAACCCGAGGGUCUCGCAGGACGUCCGCGUGUGCUGGUCACAGGCAGAGAAGAUCGCGGCUCUCCUGGGCUUCCUCGGGACGCUGCCGGCUGGCAGCCGGGUGCUCGUCUUCGUAAACACCAAGGCUGCCAUCAGCGAGGUCUGCAAGGACCUGCGGCACGCGGGCCUUGCGCCCGUGUCUCUCCACGGCGACCUCGAGCAGUCAGAGCGAGAGCGAGCUCUGAAGGAGUUCCGGAGCGGGGACAGCUGCCUGGCAGUGGCGACGGAUGUCGCGUCUCGUGGGCUGGACGUGCGCGACGUCCAGGGGGUGGUAUGCUUUGACGCAUCGAAGGACACAGACACCCACGUACACCGUGUCGGGCGCACGGGGGGGGCAGGAGCGAGCGGCAAAGCGCUGACCCUGGUCCAGAGCAGCAAGCGCGCCGACCUUCGCAUGGCGCAGUGCAUCUUCGGCCUCAUGGGGGAGAACGGGCAGACUGUGGAUCCGAAGAUUGUGAGAGAAGUGGAAGCGUGCCUUGAUAAAAAGAUGGACGUUGUUGAGGAUGGUACAGGCCUUCUCAUUGCUGCAGACAGCUCCGACGAAGAUGAUGACAGUGACGGUAGUGACAGGGAUGUGUCGCUCGAGGCAGCCAUCUGGAGUCCGUGGUAUAAGCGGAGUUGCGACUUCUCUGCUGAUGCCACACUGACUCCUUCCUUCAUGGCGGGUGCAGCAGGGGCAUCGGGGCUGAUGCGGAGCUUAUCCGUUCCAGUUUGCUCUGGCGCUUCUGACAUUGGAUCUGUGCUCAGCGGGACUACUUAUUUGCAGAACGAAGUGGAGCACAUGUUCGGGCACGCGGCGGCGAGGGACAUUUCAGCGAAAAUGUGUAACGACACCGUGCGCUCAGGAUGCAGGCUCCUGACGCACGACCAGAGCAGCACCAACGCUUUCAAGCCGUACCGUUGGAUGGUAUUCCGGCGAGUGCCUCUGACAGAUAUUGCCAGCAUGUUUAACCAGUUUGCGCCUAUUCAUGGAAGUGUUGGUCGAGAUUUCGUGUGGCACGUCGUGGUGCAUGAACUUGCACGCACGCGAGCUGGAAAGGUCCGUGUGGUCACCAAUUAUUUCAAGAGCAACAUCAGCCUGGUCUACGAUUACAUCCGGGAUGCCUUUCAGCUCCUGGAUGAAGACGAUCCAGCGAUCAUUGAAGCAGCUAUGUCCACUGAGUCUGUUGUGACAGUUCUUCGGCUAUACUUCGAGACAGGUGACACCCAAAACCCCAGGUUCUACCACAACAUGACGAAAGUAAAUCUUUGGCCUGCGGGCACGCUUCUUCAUCAUUGUUGCGAAAGUGGGUUCAGCAGGUGCGUGGCAUAUUUGUUGAACCAGCAUUCGCCGCAAACGGCUCCAAGAGAGAAGCCUUGGUUUCAAUUGGCUGAUCCAUUCUAUUUGGAACCUUCGUGGAAAAAUUCAGCGUUCCACUCCGCUGCAUGGGCAGGCCAGAGCGAGGUGAUGAAUGAGUUGGUGCGCUGGUGCCGCAGCCAGCAAUGUGUCUCCAAGAUCAGGCACUUGUGCGACAAGAAGGGGAACAGCCCACUAGACCUUGUAGAGCUUAGGAUCAAGAACAUGCAGUGGAGAUCUGGUCAGGACGCCAGCCGCUACAACGCCACAUUUAACAGCUUGGCUCCUAUAUUUGGGCGGACAAGUCUCAAGCAUGUUAGCGGCCAAGCGUUGGAGUUGGAGCGUUCCAUCUUGACCACGGAUCACCUAGAUCAGCGCCAUCGUCUAGAGCUGCCAAGUGGAGAUCUGUCUUUCAAGGAUUUGGUCCGCGUCGUUACCAUUUAUGGGAAUCUACUCAGCGGCGAGGUUGACACUCUCUUGUUGAGCAGGGUUGACAUCAAGCCGCUCAGUUCUGGAGAGGACGAGCAAAGCGUCUGCCGUGAGUUCGUAUCACUGGCGCGCUCGUGCCGGCGGGUCGCAUUCGUGAAUUGCUAUGUGCAUCCUGCCACGUCUAUCCACAUCUGCCGGGCAGUGUCGCACCAGCUCCUAAAGCUACGGGACGGCGUGAAGGUCACUUGGGAGUCCUUCGCUUUCCCUUCCUGGUUGGUAUGUUCCUCGACCCUCUGGGGGGUGAGGCCAAAAGGCUUCAAUGAAAUCUCGCUUGGGCACCAGCGCGCUGAAAACCGAACGUCAGAACACGUUGUUUCAAGCAAGUUUCAGGUUCAGUUUAAUCUGGUUUGA